CCUAGAAGUGAGGAAGUGCCCCCAGAAACUGCACCACAGCGAACCCCACAGGAACUUGCUGCGGACACUACAGAUGCUAAUGUGCAGAACAAGAACAUCAGUUCAAAGAAAGCGAAGCCGAAGAAACCAUCUGCUAAGAAGAAGAAAACUGGUGCUGCAGGUGCUGCGCGUCGUCCUACAGUUACUCUUGAAGAAACCGAUGUUCCGAUAGCGUCCCUUCAGAUCCCUGUUGGACAUCCUUUGCCAACCGAAUCGGCGAAUCCUGUCUCUGGAAAUCUUAAUGCCCUCGGUGUCAAUUUGCAGACAACAACAAUUCAGCCUUUGUCACAGCAACCUAUGUCUAUAAAUCCUGCACCUGUACGGCGCCGUCGCUUGGUUGUUUAUUCUGAUGAAGACGAACCUGUUGUCCCUUUGGAACUGCAAGACUUGGAUGUUGAACUUCCACUGCAAGAACAGCCUGUUGGAAACUCUUCGACUUAUCCUGUUCCCACUGUUGACGUUCCUUUGCCUUCUCCUCUUCUUGCUGUCCAAGAAGUUCCGCUACUUUCAGUGGGGAAAACUAAUUCUGGGAGGGCAAAGCGAAUCAGAACACCGUCUACAAAGGCCAUUGAAGCAUCUGUGGAUGCUUCUAAGAGAAAGCCAAGAACUCCAAAAUCGUCUGCUAAGGAACCUGCUAAGAAGCAACUGUUUGCUGAUUAACCGUGAUUCGCACCAUGCGCGUGCUAAUGUACCAUGUUUGUCCAGUACUGUCCCUCCCUUCCUUUUGUAGAACUGUUUAAGGGGAACACUAUUUAUCGUGUCUGUACAUUCUGUACUCUUGCCUUUUUGUCUGAAUGUUGCAACAUUUGGCACACCUGUGGUGUUCCAUUACUGGCACCACUGUUAUCAAUCUGCUCUGCUAUGACAUUUGACUUGUAUUGGUUACCUCUUGGUACAGAUUACCCCUGC